GCCUUGCUUCUUUCACACCGCUCCUUCCCUCCCGCUGGAAGUGCAAGGAAGGGAAGGUCCAGCUGCUCCUUCUGGACUGGCCGCGGUGAGGCCUGGGGGGGAGGGGACGCCUGGGCUGAGGUGGCAAAAAAAAAAAAAAAGUUGGGAAGACUCCAAGCACGCGUGCUCAGGGCCGCUUCCUUCCUGGCACUGGGGAUUUACUAGCCGGGGAAAAUCUGCAACGCAACAGCGCUGAAGCAGCACCCUUGGACGGCGGGAGAAAGUUACUUGUUUACCAAAAAUUCUGAAUUUGUGGAGCCAAAGGGAUAGCUCUCUUUGGACACAUAAUGAGAAGACACAAUUCACUAGAAAAAACAACACUGCUGGGAAAAACAGAAGGGAGUAGAAAAAGAGGAAGACUAAACAAGAGAUGGAUUGAUUCCAUAAAGGAAGCCACAGACCUGAACUUACGAGAUCUGAACAGGUAUAUCCUGCAUUUUCUAAGUGAUGCCAAAAUUUUACCAGAAAGAAAUACUCUGAUUUACAGGACAGGUAUGUGAUGUAAACUAGUAGGCAGUCCUCUGCAGCCUCCCACACAGUACUGAAGCGUGAUGUGCCAGUAUGAAUAUUAUUAACACAGACACACAUACUUCAGUGCUCUACAACCACAGAAGAGGAAAGAGAAACUAAAUGCUCGGAAUCAAUGAACGGACUGCUUGCAAAGUGUUGCAUGCCUGACUUCUGCCGAGAAUACCUCCAAUUUCUGUUGUUCAAGAAGAGCUGAGCAGAAACAGGAUCUCUCUCCCCCACCCUUAACUGUAAUAUAUUGCAAUUUCUCUUUACCUUGGAUUUCAGGCUCUGAACUGCAUUGGCCGCAAGCACUGGACAGCAAUAUGUGUCAUGUCAUUGUCACUUGCCGCUCAAUGCUGUGGACACUCCUGAGUAUUGUUGUGGCAUUUGCAGAGCUCAUAGCCUUCAUGAGCGCUGAUUGGCUGAUUGGCAAGGCAAAACCUGGGAAUUCUGAGGAGAUGGACAAUGGAACAGGAGGAUCGAUGGAGCCAUAUCGUCCAACCUUAGGGAUCUAUGGCCGUUGUACCAGAAUUCCACACAUGAAAUCUUCUAUGCCUGACACACUCUGUGGCCCCUAUGCGGAGAACUUUAGUGAGAUUGCCAGUGGGUUCUGGCAGGCAACUGCUAUUUUCCUUGCUGUGGGGAUCAUGAUACUCUGUGCUGUUGCAUUUGUAUCUGUUUUCACCAUGUGCAUACAGAGCAUCAUGAAGAAAAGUAUUUUUAAUGUCUGUGGGCUCCUACAAGGGAUUGCAGGUCUCUUCCUUAUCCUAGGUUUGAUCUUAUACCCUGCUGGCUGGGGUUGUGAGAAGGCAAUAAGCUAUUGCGGACAUUAUGCUUCUGCUUAUAAACUUGGUGACUGUUCUCUGGGUUGGGCUUUCUACACUGCAAUUGGUGGCACUGUUCUGACAUUCAUCUGUGCAGUCUUCUCCGCUCAAGCUGAAAUUGCCACCUCCAGCGACAAAGUACAGGAGGAGAUUGAAGAAGGGAAAAGCCUCAUCUGCCUCCUUUAAUGACUCAAGAGAACCUUUUCAUCCCUCAGCAGAAUUGGUUACUAAAUGGACCUAGUGGAGGUGAUGGAGACACGCACAAAAGCCUUUUGGAGCUCACGCAUUAUAGUGUCACUUGAUGGGCACUGAGGACUAUCAGCAGCAGCAUAAGAAGAAAAUGUUAAUUUUGUCAGCAUUCUGGCACCUGGCUGCAGUGGAAGGAUACUACAACACACACCUGUUUAACUUCAGAUUUCUAUGAACAGUGCCUAACCGUUUUGGAAGCGGUCAGUUCUCCUUUUUGUUCAUCAGCAUGAAGGACUGCAAAGGAAUCCUUGAAAGCAUAUUGCUCAAUACAAGUCAAUGUUUCCAAUAUGUACAGAAGGGUAAUGUAAUCAGGCUUCAAGUUCAAGGAUUUUAGGAGUCACCUUGGUGAUAUCCCCACAGCAGUUCUUCAGGCUACAUUUAGAAAAAGACAGUCACACAACCACUUAUUUUGAAAUAGGACACGGGGAAAACUUGGGUGUAGGAAACAUGCAGAGAUUCUAAAUGAAGCUUACAAGGAAGGGGUUUUCAUUUGAACUAGAGCUUGUAAGCAAUACUUCACCUAGUAAACAUGUGAAACAGAGCUACAGUCAAAGCUAGCAUAGUAUACAGCACCAGCCAGAGUGAAAACUAAAUUGUUUUGGUCUCAUAAGCACUGGCAAGUAGUAACAUUCUGAAAUCAGUUUAUCUGUGUAAAUGUAGGUAGAUGAAGCAAGUCUUAGGGUGUAGCGGUUGUAGUACUGAGCUCCUGAAGGUGUGCUUUCCGGAGGACAGUAAUGAACACAGUUGAUACUGGUGCUCACAGGGUACCUUAAAACUGCCUUUUCUUUUUGAAGUACAAACUGUCAUCAUGCUCACCUUGCCACAGAUUGUGUGCCUAAAGUAACCAAAUCAUCACUUAAUAGAAUCUGUCUUUAAGUUUUAAUACUUCUGAAAGCCCUUUUUACCACUGUAUUACAUGCUGAUGAGUACAGUGAGCUUAAUGACUUUCCACAAAUGAUGUUUUUCCAUGAGACAGUGAAUACACUUGGGUUGUUUUUCCACAACCCUAAAAUUUUUUGAAAACCCAUUACAAAAGAACAGGGUGCUGCCAUGGUGGACAUAUAAUGAAGGGAUAACUGCCAAUAUCCAGAUGUUCAAGUAUUAGAUUAACCUUAUUAACACUGAUAUCUUUUAUUGUACCUUUGGGUAGGAAGAACUCACAGCAGAUGGAGACUAAAGUGUUACAUCAAAACCACUAAUGAUAACCACUUAUUUCUACCAUAUUUUCUUUAAAAAACAAAAAUGAAAUUUUCAAUAAAAAGGAAUGUAUUUUAGUGUCUACUCCUCUAACUCAGGAUUAUUGUGCAUGCUGCUGCUCUUUUAACCACUGCUAUAAAGUAGUACAUAAAUGAGUCACAACUAUCUACAUACACAUUCUGUGGGUUGUUAGCAUCUUUGGUGAUCUGGCUGAUCUGUUCUCUACCAACAGUGCUGAUGAAGGCACUGACUUGGUCAACAAAAGUUAACUUGUUUUUGUAGAGCUGUUGCAAUGUCUGCCACCAUUUCUCCUGUUUAAAACAUGUGCACACUCCCAUUAAUAGCAGCAUAAGAUGAGAUGUACUACCCACACACAGCAUGGUGAAUAUUGACAUAUAUUAAGACUUUAAAGACUGUGAAGUAUGAUAAUAGAACAAACAAGUCUUUCCUCUUUGAGGAUAGAGUCUUACAAACAACAACCCACAACCAAGUUACUUAACCUGAAAAUCCAGAAGACUUAAACAUUAUCCCAUUGUUUACAAAGGUGUAGAGUAGAGUAACUUGUGACCCAAGCCAAAUGUAGCCUCCUAUUGUGUCCCUGCCAGGUGCUCAGUAAUCCUUCCCUGUUUUAGGCAGGGGGGUUAUUUAGCAAGGCCUUAAUGGCCAAAAUACAUAGCUGUGAGCUAUGCUUGGCUUGAUAGGUUACAAAUGGUGCAAAUCUGAGGUAGAAUCUCUCGUAGAACAUGGUAGGUUCCAACCAUUUAAAAGGGCUUCCUCUUAAAGCACAUGGAAUGUCCAUGCUGCUGUUCUCCAAUUUACUCUACUUGUUGGUACUGUAACAUAAACCCGCUAUGUUGAAACAUUGAGGUUCAGUUAGAACCAACCUUUUAAAGCUCAGAAUGCGUUUUCAGUAAGGACACAGGGCUAUUGAAAUGUUUGCGUUUGAGUGUGUCAAUGUUAUUACAAGAUGUGAUUUUACCACAUUUCACAUUGGUGCCCCCACAUGAAUAUUGCUAUACUUAUUAUGGCUGGGAUCCAGGUGUGUGCUUAUUCUGAAUGUGGAUUCAGUUUCCACCUUUUAAAAACACACAACUGCUCUUUAAAGUCCCUUCUCCUCAUAACGCCAGUUUGUAGAUUAGCCAUAACAGCUGUUUAAAAAGGAGAAGAGUCCUGGUUCAAUCAUUGGUUUCAUGACUCUUCCCCCCCCCCAUUUUCCUUUCAAUUGCUCUUCCACUUAACCUUGAAACUGCUUUUUGAGAUAUAAGCAUUUGAAAGGCUGUUUAGGAAUGCCAUGGUAGGGCUUUUGGAAAUGAAAAUGUUGGGGAAAUUGGGUGUUCACUCAUCUAGAUUCUGUUUGAAUCAGGGAGAAGUCUACAUUUCUGUCUUUUUCUCCAACCAAACUACUAAGGCAUUGCAGACUAACAACUUCCAUCCUCAAAUUGAUCAGGUAAAAUCAUCAUGAAUGACUUCACUAAAAAUCAGAAAUUAAUGUAUCUAGAGGCAGGGCAGUCAAAAAUUUACCCUUUAUAGAACAGACUAAAUUUAUAGUGUGCUCUUGAAAACUAUCUUAAGGAGCUCCUUGACCCAAUGAAACAUUGUUUAAUUGUUUACUUGGUUAUCCCAUAUGUAGUGCUGCAGCUUUUGAGCUGUCAUUUUAAAAAAAAAAGGAUCACCCACCCUCCAUGAAUUGAUCAGCAGAUUUAAAAAAAAAAAAAAGCAUGGCAGGCACUACUUUAUAAAGAGGUGUUCCUUCCUUUGUGAAAGAGAUGGGAGUGAAUGCCUCUGCAGUGCUUGUUAUGACACAUGUAUGCAUCUAAACACAGUUUUCUUUGUAACUUUAUAUGCAAAUUAGAUGGAUCAAUCUUUUGAGUUUUACAGGGCAAUCCAAUACAUGUCUACUCAGAAAUGAGCGCCAUUGGGUUCAAUGGACCUUGCUCCCAGGUAAGUGUGUACUGGAUUGCAGCUUUAGUCAAUGAUGCAGCUUUAAACUGAUUAAGAUUUCUUUAAAUUUCUCUAAAUUCAGUAUGGUAGAUAAAACUUUAACCACCACUGAAGUGAAAUUUGGUUUAGUUAUAAACUCUACGUUCUAAUGUACAUGAAUCACAAUGUUGUAGACUGCGAAUGCUAAGUGAAUCCUACAGUGAUAUGGACUGAAAGCACAGUAACAUGGGAAUCAUGUACAUUAUGGAACCUGGACCCUGCUAACUCUUACCACAUAAUUGGGAAAGUAAAGGUGUUUUGAAUGUUAUAUCCUGCUAAGAUGAAGCUUUACUGUACUUGCUACCAAGGGUUGCAUUGAAUGUAGCACUAAGAAGAUUGUACUCUCAGUGCAAGGAUCUCCCCCUCUCCUCUGCCUGCACUCCGUAAAUCUGUUUUGGGGAGGAUUUGGGAGUGGUGCAGGGAACACACGGGGGAAGAGAGGGAGAAAAUAUCUUGGUGCUAAUGCAAAAAUGAAACUGAAUACCACCCCCAAAAUUGUGUUUGUUCAAGUAUAGCAUUGGUUACCUAUAAAACUCUGAGGGGUUCCAUAGUCAAAAAGGAGCUGAGUGCAGGAAUGCCCAUCCUGCCCAUCACAUAGUGUAGUAUGCUCUAGAAAACGAACUAUUUUCUCCGUUAUAGAGCUUUCCAGAAAGUCCUAUGUCAGAAAUGUGCAGGCACAAUCCUACAUGCAGGAUUAUACAUUAUAGCGUUGGGGGGCCGGGAGAUUUCUCAAGGAUAAUCUUGUCUCAACAGAAUUUCUAUUUACAUUGUUGAGAUUUCAAUCACUGAAUCUACUCUUUUGCAAAUAAACACUUCAAUAGCCAAACAGUAGCUGUCUGUACAUGGCACAAUGUACUUUUCUUAUGCACCGAUAAUGAAAACUGGAAUAUGAAUUGGGAGAUGGUACAUAUUUCCAAGAAAAAGGUUAUGGCAUGGUUGGUUUUGUCACAUUUACACCCAUUAUCAUCAACAGCACAGCCUCAUGCUUGCCUUACCAUCCAUAAAGUUUACAUCAAUGUACAAGGAAUCUUGAAAAGUUUCCAAACUGCAUUCUAUGGUUUAAAAAAGGCUUUUUAAUUUUAAUGAAGGAUACUUUUUAAAUGAAGUAUGUCAGCUUCACAAGAGGACAUAUGUGACUGCUUCUUAAUGUAUGUUACAUUAACUCAAGAAAUGGUUGGUGUGUUUUAGACCUGUGCUCUAAACAGCUAAAAAUGUGUAGAAAAGUACUUAAAUAUUUCUUCAACGCGUAGCUCAAUUUUUUGUAGACAUGUAUUGUGUUAUGUGCCAUUGCUCUUUCCAGAGGGUAACAUGUAAAAGAUACACAUGGUGCAAGAUGUGCAAUAACAAGAGGAUUAGGAAAUGAGAUAGUUUGAAAGGGACAAAGUGGUGGAUGUUCCAUGGGCAAAUAAAGCUACUCUAAUACUAUUUCACAUUUAUUAAGCAUCAACCAUGUUCUAUAAAAACCCUCACUAGAAUGAAAGUGGGGUUAAUAAUAAUUAGAAUUAUGGAUUUCCAGCAUCUUCUGAUCUCUGGGUAAUUCAGACUUAUUUAUAGCCUAAAUGUGAAGGGUUAUUCAGAUAGUCAGCAGCUAAUGAACUCAUCAACGUAAGAGUGAAGGAGGGAUGUUUGAUGUUCUGUAGUCUGCUAAACACAGUAAAGGACAUUGUUGUUGAGCUGUAUUGCUAAUUUAAUUUGUCUACAGUAUAGUAACUUCUUUGCCUAAUAAAUAGUUAUUAAC